AUGGCACCAGAAGUAUCAUUUGUCAAUUUAAAAGGGAAUUAUACAAUUAAUGCAGAUAUGUAUUCUCUUGGAGUAUGUCUUUAUUAUCUUGUUAGUCAACGAUGGCCUCCAAUACAAAAUAAAGACUCAUUAUGGAUUUGUAUUGAUUCUAAUAUUAGUAAUGACUUAGUAUUUCCUGAUGGAUUUAAUAAAGACUUUAUUUAUAUUAUACAACAAAUGCUUGAAAUUGAUGUUAAAAAACGAAUUUCAUGGGAUGAGUUAUUUGUUCAUCCAUUUAUCACUCAAAAGCUUCAAUGUGUUUUUGUUGACAUAAACCAGUUUUUCGUUAAAUCUUUAUUACCACCACCUCAAGCACUUAUUAAUGCCCAAAAAAUAAAAAUUAGUACCCCAAGAGUUCGACAUCAACGAAAUGAUUUUAGUAUGGAAGAAGAUGAUGACAAUGAUGACUUUGAUAAAAUAAUUCAAUGUUUUAAGUCCAAUGAUGAGAUAUUUGAUGAUGACUGGAUAGAGGCAUUAAAUGCAUGUAAAAGAAGAAAUGUAAUAAUUUCAAGUUUAAGAAUAAGUGAAGACUGUCUCAAUUCAUUCUUAGAGUUUAUAAAAGGAACAAUCACUGAUCCAGUUGAAAUGCCUGAAACUUUAAAAUUUGAGAAUUGUGAAAUACCAUCUUCCUUAAAAAAGGAUGUUUAUUAUAUUUCUACUCAUUUUGACAUUGUGUUUGAUUCAAUAUCAACUAAGUUUUACUAA